AUUGGAUGUAUUAAGAGUUAUCAUCAUGCAUCCUACGACAUGUAGUAGUAGCAAUUUUCUCUGGCGGGGGGCGCUGUGUAGCGGGUCUACAGGUAACCUACAAGUACAGGAUGAUGACCUCCUGUCAACCAACGAAUAACGAGCCAAAUGGGAUUUUUUUUCGAGUUCAGAACCUCACCUGUAGCUUUUUUAUUUCACUCUGUCUCUUCGCAUCAGAUGGAUAGGGCUGCAGCUUCUCUCCUGUGGUUUGCACUCUGGGUCGGGAUGGGGUGGACGGGAGCCCCGAGGUCCGCUUCACCGCGGCGCACGGACACCAGCAUGAGGAGGAAAGAUCAGUCGGUGAACGGCUCGGUGGUUUUGCACGACUACAUGCUGUAUUUAUACCGAACACUCUCCAAACUUCAACCAAGAGACAUUCAUAUUUCACGUGGAGCAGGAUUUGCAAACACAGUGACGAGUUUUGUGGACCAAGGAAAAGACCAGCCAUCUUGGGAGAGCGGUCAGCGUUACAUCUUUGACUUGUCCAGUCUGCCCAGGAUGGAUGAGCUGGUGGAGGCAGAGCUUAGAAUUCUAAGGAAACCUGCAGCAGACCUCCUGACUGUCCUGACAACAGGAGGAAAUCUGUACAACAUUCAUCUGUACUCCUGCUCUCCCUCUAACAGACAGCUUUUGGAUUCCCGAACUGUGGAGGUUUUAGAUAGCAGUCUCCCCAAGUGGGAGGUGUUUGAUGUCUGGUCCAGCAUGAAGGCCCGUCAGAGGAAUCCCACAGAACCACUGCAGGCCUGCUUCCACCUCCUGGCCUUGUCUGAACUGACCAACGAGGUGGCUGACCCGCUGCUCCUGGGACUGGACCGUCAAACUCGGCUAGCGCAGGAAAAAGCUUUGCUGGUGGCUUUCUCGCACACUGAUACAAGUGACAAUCUGUUCAGAGAUCAUAUAAUGGAGAAGAUAAAGAAUGAGGCAGGUGGAUUCAGACUCCCCAAGCCUUUGAAACUGACUUUAAAACAUGAAAAGAAGCACCAGCGGCAGCAUCAGAGGGCCCUGUCCAAACGGUCAUUUGGUGAAACAGGGCAAGGAGCAGCCGCUGGUGGUGGUAAUGGAGGGAAAACUGGUCGCAGGAGGAUCCGAUGUAGCCGUAAAUCCCUCCAUGUGAACUUCAGAGAUCUGGGCUGGGAUGACUGGAUCAUCGCCCCCCUGGACUAUGAAGCACACCACUGUGACGGGGUGUGUGACUUCCCACUGCGCUCCCACCUGGAGCCCACCAACCAUGCCGUCAUUCAAACACUCAUGAACUCCAUGGACCCAGACAUCAGUCCAUCCAGCUGCUGCGUCCCCUCCAAGCUCAGUCCCAUCAGCAUCCUGUAUAUCGACGCAGGCAACAACGUGGUGUAUAGGCAGUAUGAGGACAUGGUGGUGGAGAGCUGUGGAUGCCGGUAGCACAAAGGAAGCUGGUUGAACAGACUCUUGCAUGGACUGGGGUUUUUUGUCUGUUUGUUUUGGUUAUAAAGCCAAAAUGAAAGGAUUUAUUUUGUUAUUUUAAAUCCAUGUGUCCAAU